ACGCAGCGCGCACAUGUUGUUCCCCGCGGGUUUCUCCCGCACUUUUUUUUUUUUUUUUAGUUGAUUUGCGCUUUUAUUGGCAGACGCGAGGACAAUAGGCUGGAAUCACGUCUCCAAUGGACUUCACACCUUUGUCAACACCGCCAUUAGUCCGCCCUUUACAUUCGCUGAUGGGUGAUUUACAUUUGCGACCAAAUAGCAUCUUUACGGCUGUUUACCAUGAGAUUGAGCGGGACAGGAGGGCGUGGGGGCCAUAUUAGAUAUAAGGGGGAGCCCCAUGCACUCACUCGGACACAAAAAGAAAGAAGAUGCUGAUGUUUGUGAUUGCAGUGGCGGCUUUGGCGUGCGCGGCCCGGGCGCGGCCCCCCGCCUUCAAUUACCUGGAGGAGCCUUUCGCCGCCGACUCCAGCGAGGUCCGCUCGGCCGCCAUCAAGAGGCUGCUGGAGGUGUUCGGCAUGGAGGACCCGCCCGCCGUCCACGGGCGCCAGCAGCAGCCGCCCCAGUACAUGCUGGACCUGUACAACACCGUGGCGGACGUGGACGGCGUCACCAAGGACCCCUAUCUGCUGGAGGGCAACACCGUGCGCAGCUUCUUCGACAAACUGCGCAGCGAGCAGGUGGAGUUCCGCUUUAAUCUGUCCACUGUGGCGAGAACAGAGAAGAUCCUGACUGCAGAGCUCCAUCUUUUCAAGCUGCGACCUCAAGCCACGCUGACGUUCACCCGCCACCACUUCUGCCAGGUUAGUGUUUACCAGCUGAUGGACACCAAAGGCAAUCACACACAAGACAAGAAGCUGCUGUCUUCUCGACUCAUCCCCGUCCACUCCAACGGCUGGGAGGUGUUCACCAUCACUCAAGCUGUCCGCUCCUGGAUGGCGGACGAGGAAAGCAACCUGGGGCUGCACGUGGUGGUGCGGACCCUCGGAGGGAGCCAUAUGGACCUGAAGCUGAUCCGCUUCGCCUCGGGACGCAGCCACCACCAGAGCAAGCAGCCCAUGCUGGUGCUGUUCACCGAUGACGGCCGCCGCUCCACCGCUCAGGAGAACACAGAUCCAGACAGCAUGGAAAUACCCUCCAGCUUGCCGCAAGCCCCCGUGUCCGCCCCGGCCUCCCGCCUCGCCCGCUCCGUGGACUACCAGGAGGAGGAGGGUGUGUCCAUGCCCUGCCAGCGCCUGCCGCUGUACGUGGACUUUGAGGAGAUCGGCUGGUCGGGUUGGAUCGUGUCGCCGCGGGGCUACAACGCCUACCACUGCAAGGGCUCCUGCCCCUUCCCGCUGGGCCAGAACAUGAAGCCCACCAACCACGCCACCGUGCAGUCCAUCAUCAACGCCCUGAAGCUCAUCAAGAGCAUCGAGACGCCGUGCUGCGUGCCCGACAAACUCUUCUCCAUCAACCUGCUCUACUUCGACGACGACGAGAACGUGGUGCUGAAGCAGUACAACGACAUGGUGGCGGGCAGCUGCGGCUGCCACUGACAGGCGGGGGGCCGCAUUGUAAUAUAUGUAAAUAGCCAUAAAUUAUAAUAUAUGACAGCGAUGCAAGUAAUAAUCAUGUGAAAGAUGUAAAUGUGCAUAUUUUAUGUUUUCUGCUGCCAAUGGGUAUAAAGUUAGAAAUAAAUGGUGUAUAUAG